CUCCUGUCUCCCGCAUUUAUGGAUCACAACUCUCCUUUUCAUUUAUAACAUUUUGGUAUUGCGUUGCAUGAAGAGGACUACGUCUAUCGAUCUAUCCACCCCACCCCUCCUCUCUUCCCCCUCGUCCGGUCGAAAUUCCGCCGUCUCCACCGACCCCGCCGUCGUUCAUCACCAUGUCUCCCACUCCCGAUCCCACCAAUUUUGACUCGGCCCGCGAGGCGGUCUUGGUGCCGUCCGAUGCGCCGCCCGAGGACGCCCGGGAAGUCAAGGGCGUCGACUUUGAACAGUAUCAGGGUCGUGACAUCACCGUGGCGGAGCUGGUGGACAAUAUGGAGUUCAUGGGGUUCCAGGGCAGUGCCGUCGCCGAGGCUACCCGCAUCGUCAACGAGAUGCGCGCCUAUCGACAUCCCGAAACGGGCGAAAAGACAACCAUCUUCCUCGGCUACACCUCCAACCUCAUCUCGUCCGGCCUUCGGGACACCCUGCGCUACCUCGUCCGACACAAGCACGUGUCGGCCAUCGUCACGACGGCGGGCGGCGUGGAGGAAGAUCUGAUCAAGUGCUUGGGUCCGACGUACAUGGGCACCUUCGCGGCAGCCGGGGCAGGUCUCCGGGCCAAGGGACUAAACCGGAUCGGCAACUUGGUGGUGCCCAACAAGAACUACUGCGCGUUCGAGGAUUGGAUCGUGCCCAUUUUCGACCAGAUGCUGGCGGAACAGGAGGCCGCCAAGCAGAAGGCGCGGGAGACGGGCAACGACGAGGACGAGCUCCACUGGACGCCGAGCCGAGUGACGGAGCGGCUGGGGCGCGAGAUCGACAAUGAGGACUCGGUGCUUUACUGGGCCGCGCGCAACGGGAUCCCGGUGUUCUGCCCCGCGCUGACGGACGGGAGCCUGGGCGACAUGCUGACCUUCCACACGUUCCGAUCGGACCCGCAGCGGCUGCGAAUCGACGUGGUGGAGGACGUGCGGCGGAUCAACCUGAUGGCCAUGAAGGCGGCGCGGGCGGGGAUGAUCAUUCUCGGGGGCGGGGUGAUCAAGCACCACAUCGCCAACGCGUGCCUGAUGCGCAAUGGGGCGGAACACGCGGUGUACGUGAACACGGGGCAGGAGUUCGACGGCAGCGACGCGGGGGCCCGGCCGGACGAGGCGGUCAGCUGGGGCAAGAUCAAGCCCAACGCCUCGUCGGUCAAGGUGUUUGCUGAGGCAACCGUGGUGGUGCCGUUGAUCGUGGCGGGGUCGUUUGCACGGGCGUCUGAACCGUCGGCGGAGGCAUCUGGUCCUUGA